AUGGUCAAAUUGGACUACAUUCUGUACAAGUUGAUCAAAAUUGAUUUCGAAAUCAAAGAGCAAGACGAGCGAAUUGAAGAAAACCUAGAUCACCUUGAAAAGUCAUUCGGUAGGAUGACAUGGAGUAUUGAUCGGCUAGAAGAGGCCAUUGGAAACAACCUCACUGCGCUUCAGACUCAGUCCUGGAAGAUUCUAUCGCUACAAACCGCGUGCGCCAAUCACGACCAACUACGCAACGAAAUUUUCGACAUCGUCCCGAAACCCGGCCUUUCCGAUGACGUGCAGUCCUUGCUCGAGUUGGACAGCUACCGUCGCAAGGGCCCAUUCGGAUCGUGCCGCGAUGAACCAUCGAAGAUGUCUGGCAAGUAUCUCAUUCGGUUGGAAGGCGAGGACGAACCGUUCGAGGCAUACUGCGAACAGGCCAAGUUCGGCGGAGGAUGGCUGGUGAUCCAGCACCGCUUUGACGGCUCUCUGGACUUCUUCCGCAACUGGACCGAAUAUCGAAACGGAUUCGGUACCGUCGAUCGUGAGUUCUGGAUCGGAUUGGAACGACUGCAUCAGUUAACGCAGCGGAAGACCUAUCAGCUGAUCGUCGAGAUCGAAGACUUCGGAGGCGACCAACGGUAUGCGCGAUACACAGAGUUCGGAAUCGGUAGUGAGUCGGAGCUGUACAAGCUCAAGAGACUUGGUGCGUUCAGUGGCACGGCGGGUGAUUCGAUGGCUUACCAUAAGGGUUUUAACUUCACUACGAAGGACAGGGAUAACGAUGGAGCGCCCACUAACUGUGCCGUCACCAGCGAGGGCGCUUGGUGGUACAACAACUGCCAUCAUGCCAACUUAAACGGUCGUUACUGGAACGUGGUCGACCCGAGGUCGUUUUCGUGGUAUAAAUUGAAGAAUAACUAUCAAGGAUUGGCCUAUUCAAGAAUGAUGAUUCGGGAGGUUUAA